AGCCCCUUGCUACCAGAUGAAGCACAAACAGCAUGUCUGACAACUGUCUGCGACCAAACCCUGGACACAAGCUUAUGCUCUAAGGUGUGGGGGUGUAUGCUGUUGUAAAGGUACCUGCAGGAGUCUGGAGCAAUGCCACCACCUUCGGACAUUGUGAAAGUAGCUGUUGAGUGGCCAGGUGCCAAUGCCCAGCUGCUGGAAAUAGAUCAGAAAAGGCCUCUUGCAUCCAUCAUCAAGGAGGUCUGUGAUGGGUGGUCGUUGCCAAACCCUGAAUACUACACCUUGCGGUAUGCUGAUGGUCCUCAGCUGUACAUCACAGAGCAGACUCGCUGUGACAUCAAGAAUGGAACUAUACUACAACUGGCAAUCUCCCCGUCUAGGGCAGCUCGCCAGCUGAUGGAGAGGAUCCAGUCGCACAGUAUGGAAGCCAGACUGGAUGCCAUGAAGGAACUGGCUAAACUUUCAGCAGAUGUGACCUUUGCCACAGAGUUCAUCAACAUGGAAGGGAUUACAGUGCUGACACGGCUUGUGGAGAGCGGAACCAAGCUUCUGUCCCAUUACAGUGAGAUGUUGGCUUUCACUCUGACUGCCUUCUUGGAGCUGAUGGACCAUGGUAUUGUCUCUUGGGACAUGGUCUCAAUAACCUUCAUCAAACAGAUUGCAGGGUAUGUGAGUCAGCCUAUGGUAGAUGUCUCCAUCCUUCAACGAUCCCUAGCCAUUCUAGAAAGCAUGGUGCUAAACAGUCAGACUCUAUAUCAGAAGAUAGCAGAAGAGAUCACCGUGGGGCAGCUGAUUUCUCAUCUGCAAGUCUCAAACCAAGAGAUUCAGACAUAUGCCAUUGCCCUCAUCAAUGCCCUCUUCCUGAAGGCACCUGAGGACAAGAGACAGGACAAGCUGCUUAACCCACUAGACCUGCCCAUCACUGAAAUGGCUAAUGCAUUUGCCCAGAAGCACCUGAGGUCUAUAAUCCUAAACCAUGUGAUCAGAGGAAACCGCCCAAUCAAAACAGAAAUGGCACAUCAGCUGUACGUGCUACAGGUCCUGACCUUUAAUCUCCUGGAAGAGAGAAUGAUGACCAAGAUGGAUCCCAAUGAUCAGGCACAGAGAGACAUCAUAUUUGAGUUGAGAAGAAUUGCAUUUGAUGCCGAGUCUGACAGCAACACCAUCCCUGGCAGUGGAACAGAAAAACGCAAAGCGAUGUACACCAAGGACUACAAGAUGCUGGGAUUCACUAAUCACAUCAAUCCAGCCAUGGAUUUUACUCAGACACCUCCAGGGAUGCUGGCAUUGGACAACAUGCUCUACUUGGCCAAAUUUCAUCAGGACACCUAUAUCAGGAUUGUUCUGGAGAACAGCAGUCGAGAAGAUAAGCACGAGUGUCCCUUUGGUCGCAGUGCCAUUGAGCUUACCAGGAUGCUUUGUGAGAUCCUGCAAGUUGGGGAACUCCCCAAUGAAGGCCGGAAUGACUAUCACCCCAUGUUUUUCACCCAUGACCGUGCAUUUGAGGAGCUAUUUGCCAUCUGCAUCCAGCUGUUGAACAAGACCUGGAAAGAAAUGAGGGCGACAGCAGAAGAUUUUAAUAAGGUUAUGCAGGUUGUGAGGGAACAGAUCACACGGGCUCUUCCCUCUAAACCAAACUCCUUGGACCAGUUCAAGAGCAAACUGCGCAGCCUGAGCUAUUCUGAGAUUCUGCGACUACGCCAGUCUGAGAGAAUGAGCCAAGAUGACUUCCAGUCACCGCCUAUUGUGGAGCUGAGAGAGAAAAUCCAACCUGAGAUCUUGGAGCUGAUAAAGCAACAGCGCCUGAACAGGCUUUGUGAGGGAAGUAGCUUUCGAAAAAUUGGAAAUCGCAGAAGACAAGAAAGAUUCUGGUAUUGUCGCUUGGCUCUGAAUCACAAGGUGCUACACUAUGGAGAUCUGGAAGAUAAUGCCCAGGGGGAAGUGACAUUUGAAUCUCUACAGGAAAAAAUUCCAGUUGCAGACAUCAAAGCCAUUGUCACAGGGAAGGAUUGUCCACACAUGAAGGAAAAGAGUGCACUGAAACAGAACAAGGAAGUGUUAGAAUUGGCCUUCUCGAUAUUAUAUGAUCCUGAUGAGACCUUGAACUUCAUUGCACCUAAUAAAUAUGAGUACUGUAUCUGGAUUGAUGGGCUUAAUGCCCUCUUGGGGAAGGACAUGUCCAGUGAGCUGACUAAAAGUGACCUGGACACGCUGCUGAGCAUGGAAAUGAAGCUGAGACUCCUGGACUUGGAGAACAUCCAGAUCCCCGAGGCGCCGCCGCCCAUCCCCAAGGAGCCGAGCAGCUACGACUUUGUGUACCACUACGGCUGAUGGGGACCGGGGUCGGGACCGGGCGGCUCAGCGCAGCCCCGCACCCGCAGCGGGUGGGGCGGCGCCGCGCAGACGCCGCUCCCUUUUGUACGAGUCACAAUAAUAACCAAUGUCGCUCCUC